AUGGAUUUCAUAUUGACUAUUCAAGCUGCUUAUGCUGGGAUGAAUCAUGCCAUCAAGCUUAUUUAUGGCGAUCUAGAUAAGUCUUUUCAAUUGAUCCGCUCUUAUCUUCAUAUGGUGCAGCAUUGCAAUCCGGACUCGAUUAUUGAUUUGGAGACUGAUGGAGAUGAUGUGUUUAAUUAUUGUUUUAUGGCUCUUGGUGGAUGUAUUCGUGGUCUUUUAUUAUCUGGUCGUCAUGUUGUUGUUGUUGAUGCUACCCAUUUGAAAGGAAAGUAUAAGGGUGUGAUGUUUGUUGCUGUGACUAAGGAUGGAAAUGAACAUAUUUUCCUUAGCUAUCAGCAUAUCAGCUUAAAGAACGUUGUUGAAGCCGUGUUUCCUGGAGUUCCUCAUGGUCUUUGCACGUAUCAUUUGCAGAAGAACCUUGUAAGAUACGGUGCAAAUGCUGUAGCUAUGUUUCAGAGGGCUGCAAAUAGCUAUAAGAGGGAACAAUAUGAUUUGCAUUCUGGGCAAUUGACCUUGCUUCGGGACAAAGGUGCAUAUAGGAAGUUGAUGGAUCUUCAGCCUUCUAGAUGGGCACGUAGUCAUUGUGGAGUUCAUAGAUAUAAAUUCAUGAUGUCUAAUUGUACCGAGGUAUUCAAUGGUAGACUUCGAUGGGGUAGGAGAUUGCCCGUAUGCACCUUGUUAGAGUUUGUGAGAACAUUGAUAUCUCAUUGGUUUGCCGAGAUGCGUAGCAAGGCUUUGGCAAGAACUUAUCCACUUACAGAGUAUGCUGCUCUAAAAUUGGAUAUCUCGAUUGAGGAAAGUCGGAUAAUGGAGGUUAAUGCAAUUAAUGCAUUCAAAUCACAGCUUCUUCUAGUGAUCGAAACUAUGUUGUUGAUCUUUGUGCUAGAAGUUGUUCUUAUCAUGAGUUUGAUCUUGACUUGA